AUGAUGCAGGACAGCGAAAAGAUCAUCUGCCACGCUGUUGUGUGCCGCAUGGGCGAGAUGUUUGGUGAAUUUGGGUUUGAGUUCGAUCAAAGCCAUCUCGCAAACGAUGUCACCGGCGUCACGAAGUGGGCCCUUCACCUCGACGCGGAGGAGGUUGACGGCGCAGCGACGCCGCUCUUCGAAGAGGAGAUGCCCCUCGACAAGAGCCGCAAAGUGGUGAAGCUACAGGCUGGCAGGUUCUACCUCGUGCGGGUUCGCGUGUACUUGGAGGCCGUCUCGUCUUGGAGCCCGUGGUCGGGCAACGCACGUGUUGCCUCGCUGCAGGCCGUGAAGGGGCAGAUCAAGGAAAUUGGAGAGGACUACGUGCGGGUACAGUGGAGCCGGCCGCUGCGCGACAGCAUGAACACUGUGAGUGAGACGAAUGCAGAAGCGACACAGGAGAUCGCGGACAUUUCUCAACUGGAGCUGCGACUGCUUCGCGAAACCGAUAUGGUGGAGGAGUUCUGUGACCGCUUCGCAGUGGGCGUGCGGGCGUACACCGUCCAUGGCCUCCGCCCGGGGACUGCAUACAUUGUCAUGAUCCGCUACAAGACCUUAAUCAACACAAUGAAGAAGUGGACGGAAGUUGGGCGCUUCUACACGAGACCAUCGAAUGUGAUCUCACUUGUUACCCGCGGCGAGGAGGCGAUCACGGUGGGUUGGCACCUUGGGCCAAGUCCCGUUGACGCCGUUGGGUAUACGGUCCCUGAAACAACCGUGCACCUUUAUGAAGUGUCGGUGGAGGGCGGGGACGUCGCAUUAAACCCCGUCGAGCUGCCAGCGCAUCAGCACGAGUACCGCGUCGAUGGCCUUUCACCAGGUACGCUGUAUUCCUUCUAUGUACGUAGUUUGACCACUGAGGGCCGCUGGGGGAACCGCUCCGACGCGUUCAGGGUGCGCACCGCAGACCGCCCGGAACUCUCCGUUGUCGCCGCAGGUGAAACCUUUCUUUCCUUCACAUGGAUGCGGCCGCGUGAUGAGCCGGGGGAGUCCAAGGUGGAGUUUUGCCUAAAGAGCUUCACGUCUGUGUACAAUCAGCAGGAGAUCAUUGAGAUUGGACCAAAUGAGGAGGACAAAGUCAUUCACCUGCAAGCGCUCACCGCUGGGACGGAGUACACCAUGGCGGUGCGCACGUUUCUGCAGGGCGAGUGGGGUCUCUGGACGGAGCCACGCCGCUUCCGCACGCAAGCGAAGGCGACACUGACCUUCCUCGAGCGCGGUGAAGACUUCUUCACCCUUGCGCUGGAAGACCGUGACGGCGGACACACCACAGCGCGGUUCAACGUUGUUGUUAUGCAAAUUGGCAAGGGUGAUGAGUGCGUGACGGUGCUCGAUGAUGAAGUCGUGCGUGGGCCUGACGAACCGGGACUCCGCGUGGGUAGCUUGCAAGCUGACACACUGUAUGAAGUUAAGUGCCGCUGUUGGCAACACAACCGCGUAACAGGGUACGAGGGAUGGGGUGAGUUCACGUCCCCAGUGCGAACACAGACACUGCAGCAUCUCGCGCUACAUGUGUGGGACGUUGGUGAGGAUUUUGCCCAGCUUAUGUGGCGCCGUGGACUUUCAGACAGAGCAACAUCGCCGGACGCUCAGCGGAAGCAGCAAUGGCCCGAUCUAAAGUAUGAGGUGGUUGUGGGUUGCCUUGACACAGGCGAGGAUGAGAUUGUACAUCGACAGGUUUUACAGACAAAUUACACCAUUACAAACCUUCAACCUGCCACAACAUAUAUUGUUUCUGUACGCGCCUGCAAUGAACUUGAGCAGUGGGGCUUGUGGAGCAAAGUAAAAUUGCGCACCCUCGCCUCUGUUGUGACUUCCGUACAUGAGAUUGGCGAGGACUACGUGCGGCUCAUGUGGCAGCGACAAAACAUUGAUGAUGAUGUGGUAGAAGGCGGCGGAAGCAGCAGUAGUGGCAGUGGCCACAUCAAUGGUGCUGGUGGCGGCAGCGGCAGUGGUGCCACCGUUGUGACCACUGCUGACAUGUUUGUCUCUCGUUACGCCGUUUUUGUGUGCAGUUGCGAGGACGGGGAGCCGACGCCAAGUUGCUUAAGUGGCUACCAUAUGGGCGGGAACUCCGAGGUUGCCCGCUACGAGGUGGUCACCAGCGAACACUCAUCGCUUCGCAUUGAUGAGCUUCUGCCGGAUCGCGAGUAUAUUGCAGUCGUGCGCGCGUCGACGGCGACAGGGAAGUGGGGCUUGUGGAGCCGCCCUCUGCGCUUUCGCUCUAACCCACAGUUCCGGAUUCCUGUGAACAACCUUACUAUUGGCGAGAAUUACGUCAACCUCGUCUGGAGCCGUGAUGCACACCCAAUGACAGACAAGGAUGUAUUUGUCGGCGAUCUCGGAGUAACCGGGCAACAACUACGUAUCAACGGUGUCGACACACCAUUCUCAAAGGACCAUACUCUUCCUGCGGACAUGCGCGAGCUGAAGAUUUAUGGGCUUUCCCCUGCCACUGCGUACACGAUACAGAUCCGUGUCUGCGGCAAAAGUGGAAACUGGGGCCUCUGGAGCCCACCAGUGCACAUCCUCACACGCGACACAAUCCUUACCAAAGCGGUGGAGGUGGCGGAGGAUUACGCCAUCAUUGCAUGGGAGCGGCGUAAGGUGGCGAAUCCCAAGAAUUACCCUACCGGCCGCGGUGUCGUGACCUCGUACCACCUACGUGUGUACAACAACUCUGGUAUCCACUCCGAGGUAUUCCUCGGUGACGGGGACUCACCGUACCGCAUCUCAAACAUGACACCAGAUACGUACUACUGUGUUGAGAUCAAGGCCAACUACAACGAUGAGGAGUGGGGCCUCUGGAGCACCCCGCUGUGGUGUCUGACGAUGAAGAGCUUAGAGAUACAGACAAAACUUAUAUCUGAAGAAUUUUCCUGUAUCGUUAUUCAGCGCCCAUACCAGCAGAAACGGCUUCCAGAGGAUGACGGCAAUCGCGCGAGUGAUGAUCGUGUUAUUGCGUUUGGUCAAUUUCGCCCUAACCUCAUGCUGUGCGUCACGUCACCCAUACUCAACCCGACACCGCACACUUCCACCGGCUACACGAAACCACGCCAACAGAAUACGUCGCUGCCGCCCAACGCUGCUGAUCACCGACUCAUUUACCAGACAGAGAUUCUCUGCACCACUGACAAUACGGAUCAUACGAUACCGAACCUUCGAUCUAACACCGUAUACGCCGCAUCUGUGCGCUCAAAACUUGUAAAUGGCGAGUGGGGCAUGUGGUCAAUUCCUUCACUUUUCUUUGCAACCGUGCCAGCAACACGGGUGGAGUUCACUGAUAUUGGGGAGAAGUUCGUUACGGUUGAGUGGAAGCGCAGCCCACAAACUAUUCCACCACAGAUUAAAGAUCCCGCAUCUGUGAAGUGUGGGCUUGGCACAAUCAGCGCGUCACGUCUGAAGGUGCGCGAGAUUGGCGGUUCGUUCCAGGAGACAUAUGAGCUGAACAACUCGCUCACCACACUGCGUGUGGAAUCUCUCUCCCCAGCCACCACAUACGCUGUUGCAGUGCAGACGUACAAUGACAACUAUGAAUGGGGUGUUUGGAGUGAUGAGGGCAAGGUGCGGACUAUACCUGGCAUGGACAUUGCGGUGCAGCAUAUAUCAGAGGAUUCUGUGUGGGUCGCGUGGGCGCGCAAGUCUGAUGUGGAGUCUCCCGUUAAUUUCGACACUGCCCUCAACGUGGAUGUUGUCGCCACAAUGUAUGAGGUGCGUAUUCUUGGGGACGGCCACUUUAACCUCACCAAGGAGAUGGAGACCAACACACUCUUUUUUCGAGGUCUACAGCCUGACACAGUGUACAGAUUUCAGGUACGCGCCCAGUCGACGGAGAAUCAGCAGUGGGGACUGUGGUCCUCACAGUCUUUCCGCACAAAACCACGACUUCGCGUUACGUUCGGAAAUGUGGGUGAGCACUUUGCCAUUGUCGAGUGGCGCCGCCACCUCCCCACUUCGCUUGACGAGCGGGACGUGGAUACAAUUGUGGAGUCCGAGGAUGUUGUGCAACAGUUUCGUUUGAAGGUGGAGCGUGUCGGUAACAAGGUGCCAUACAUGUAUGACCUCAGUCCGUAUAUCAGCAACUUUCGUCUCAAGGAUCUGCAGCCGUCGGCGGAGUACCGCGUGUGGCUCUGUGCCAAGGGCUAUGAAGGCGUUUGGGGUUUCUGGAACGACGAGGCGCGCGUGCGCACGCUGCCAAAACUGGAGUUAGAUGUCGUGGCCAUUGGGGAGGACUACGUGACAGUUUCAUGGAUGCGAGGUAAGUGGAUGGGCGAGACGGCGGCUGACAGUGAAUCGUCUGUGCGGGAGGUGGAUGGCGCUGUGAGUGGCUACAAGGUACGCGUGCUUGACGAGAAUGGGGAUGAGGUGACGUCACAGUCCAUCAGCUUCCGCGAGACCUCUUGCACGCUAUCAUCCCUUGAGCUGUCGACAGUGUACUCUGUCGAGGUGUCGGCGAAGGACACAUACGAUGAGUGGGGUCUCUGGAGCGAUGCGAAGCGAUUCGUCACAUUGGAGGCGGUGGAUCUGCGCAUUCUGCGCAUUGGCGAGGCGUUCGCAGAGGUGGAGUGGGGUCGCUGCCGCGAUCUCGCACGACGCCGGCACCAGCGCUCCUCCACCGACGGCACCCAAAGUGUCAACAGCGGGAGGGGCAGCGGCAAUGGCUUUUACGGCCAGUACGAUGAGGAGGAAGAAGAAGUGGAGCUGAGCAAGGAUAUCAAUGGAGACAAGGACAGCAAGGAACACCGCGGUGUAGAACGGUCCCAUCGGUCACACUCCUCGAGCGAUGAGAUAUUCAUCAACGACAAUUACUACUUCGAUGACAAGGAAGAGGAUGGGUCUGAUGCGUAUGACAACGAAGACGACAGAACGCUGCUUCGAGGCGAUGAUGGAGUUCAACAAUGGCAUCUCCGCGUGCAGGGACAGCGGGUGUUCGGUGGUCAGCCGGAUGUGGAGGACUUUGCGGAAUUCUAUGUCGGCGCUGACGAGCUGGACCGCGUGAUUGACUCACUUCUGCCGCAUGCCGCCUACGCCGUUUCAGUGCGGGCACAGGACAAGCGCGGUAUGUGGGGACACUGGAGCCAGCCGCGCCGUUUGGUAACGUACCCGGUGCUUGCGCUCACUGCCGACAAUGUCACAGAGACAUUUAUCCAAGUCUCGUGGAGCCGCCCCUCAGCAUCGAUGGAGCUCUCGGAAGGAUUCAUAUGUUUCCCACACCCGACGGAAAUCCAUAACUACCAGGUGCGCAUUGAACCUCUCGCUACGGAGGAGCCGUUUGACGAGCAGGACGAGCCAUUGGUGAAUGGUGCACGCCUGUAUGAAACUUCGCAGCCGGCACUGCGGCUGUGCAACCUCAUGCCCGGUGUGCGUUAUCACGUCAUGGUGCGAGAGCAGCUGAUUGACGCCAAGGGUAAUUUCGUUCCUGACUCAUGGGGUUACUUCUCCGCGAUGCAAGUUGUGGAGAUGGUGCAGCCGAUGAGCGUCGUUCCUAUUGAAAUUGGUGAGAACUACUGCCUCGUUGGAUGGCACCGCAUGCAGCGGCCACCGGGCACCGCCCCAGACAUCAGUGUCGUGACAGGUGCUGGUAAGGUGACAGCAUAUGAGUUGCAUGCGGUGCGGCUUGACAGCAAGGCAAAUAAGCACUACCGUGGGCCGUUGGCACUCGACACCAUUGUGCAGCUGGAGCCACAAGUCACGUUGUUCCACCUGGACAACCUUGUGAGCAAUACCAUUUACGCCGUGAGCGUGCGUGCGCAGAUGGAGGGUUACUGGGGCCCGUGGAGUCCCCUCACGAAGUUCGUCUCGCAGAGCCGGCUCCAGGUUCAGGUGCGCGCUGUGUACGAGGACACACUUGUGGCGAGCUGGAGCCGCCCGCUGCCGGAUUGGGCGCUCACACGCCCCGAUACUGCUGCCACUAAUGACAACCAGAUGGAGUCACCUCCCCCAGCGGCCUUGCUUCUAGAGGGGCGGGGACCUGGUGAGAGUGUUUCUUCAAAUGCUCCUGUCGUAGCUGCUGAUGCAGUUAAUGGGGAGGAUGGUGCUGUUGAGGAUGCACCGGCGGCGGCGGCAUCUUCUUCGGAGAGAUCCACCUCAGAGAUGAGCGGUGAUGACUUGGCUGCCGUGCUGCUCGGAGACUACUCUGUCGAUUGCUACGAAGUGUACAUGGAAGGUGUGACAUGCGAUCUUAUGCGCUGCCUUACUGUGCCCAGCGACCAAAUGUCAGUGCGCGUCACUGGCCUCGUGCACAACCAGAUCUACUCCGUCUGCGUCCGCUCCAAGAGCGCAAAGCAGCACUGGUCGAUGCUCUCGCGUCGCGAGUCGUUUCUGACGCUUGCGCCCAUGUGCGUGGAAGUAUGGUACUACACGGAGAACAUGGCGGAGGUGCGCUGGUUCCGGGCCGCACAGGACGUGAUGGACUACGAGGCAUUUCUCUCCAGCCGCCGUAGCGAAGAGGAGCAACUCUGCGACGAGCGUGAGCGGCAGGAUCUCUUCGAGCUGAAGCGGCGCGUGCAGGAGAUGGAGGAGUCGCAGGAGCGGGAUAACCUGUGCGACCACCUCGCUGUGCGGCGUGAGCACAAUGCGGCUCUCCGCAUGGAUGCGCUGCAUCAUCUCAAGAUUGAAAACAUCAUCCUUGGCAACGCUGAGGUGUCAGGCUACCAGUUGAAGUUCUGCGGUGAGGGAUGCUUGCCGUCGAUACGAGGACUUAGUCGAAUGUUGUUGCCGCAGAAACCGCAGACACGCAGACGAAAACAGGAUGGGUCAAAGAAGUCUACCAGCAAGCAGCGGCGCCAGAGGCAACAGCAACAGCAAGAGGGCAAUGGCGGAUUCUCAGGUGAGACAUCCACAAGGGUAGCAGCAGCAGCGGCAGCGGCAGCGACAGCUACAGCGGAGGGGGGCGAAGAAGGAGCCUCACAGGAGAUGGCGCUGAUCGACGUGCAGCUCCGCGCGAACACAAAGACUGUCGUUGUGGAGGAAUUGAUCUCGUCUACCUCGUUCUGGGUGCAGGUGCGUGCACGCAACGCUUUGGGUGAAUGGUGUCCGUGGAGUCUUCGAGAGGAUUUCACGACGCUUAAGCCGAUUGAGCUCAACCAGAAUCGUUUUGGUGAGCACUACAUCAACCUCUACUGGCACCGUCACCCUGAUGCCCUCUCCCAGAGCAUCGAUGCCGACCAGAAGCGUCUGCAGGAACUAAAUGAGGAGUUCAACAGUAUGCUGCCCAAAGACCUUGAGGACAAGAAGAAGGAACUAUCCGAGGACGAGUACAAUGUACUGGUCGAGCGGCUCAAGAGCUGGCGUGAUUUAAAGCGAUCGGUCUCAGAGACACAGGAGAGAUUGGCGAGCGGCCACGGUGAGGUGGUGGUGCAUGAAAAUCUGCCCAUCAAAGGCUACCAGCUUCGCGUCAUUCAUGAAAACGGUUCGUUUACGGAUUAUUACAUCAAAAACCACAACAAUGCCAACACCGAGAGUAAUAACAAUGCCUCCACCAGUAUCACCCCCAAUGCCAACUGUGGAGACGAAGAAGAGGGGAACACUUCCACAAUCGGUGUCGAUGCCGAUGCCCUUUGCGCCUUUACAGUGACAGGGUUAGUGUCGAAUACAAUGUACAUUGCCUUGAUGUGCGCCGACUACGGCUUUGGUUGGGGUCUGUGGACGAAGCCGCUUAAGUUUAUGACUCAGAACCUAAUUCAGCUCUCCAUCACGUACAUCUCAGAGGCAUUUGUUGAUAUUGAGUGGUACCGUGCACCCAACAAACGACUGCCACCCAUGGACGAAGGCACCACGCUAACGAGUGACGCGGCGUCGAUUGAGGGACGUGUCUAUCAGGUCCGCAUUGUACACGAAGAUGAUGAGACGGGAGAAUUGGUGGAGGAGCUCCGGACGAUGCAUUCGUGCAGUGUUUUCCGCAUCGAUAAACUUCUUACAGACACCAAGUAUACCUUUGCCGUCCGCGAGUGGGAUGCUGAGGGUGACUGGGGCCUUUGGUGCGCGCCCAAAACGUGCGUCACACUGCCUGGCAUGAUUACACGGGUUGAAGAGCUUGGUGAAGACUGGGCGCUUGUCACAUGGGAGCGGAAGGAGCGACGUGUGGACUACGACGACGAUCUACACGUGCUGCAGUAUGGUGUGGAGCGGGCGUCGUGCUAUCUUCUGGUGCAGGAGCUCUAUGACAACGGCGUGGAGGGUGAGGAGCCCGUGGCGUCGCCUGUGGUGGAGGAGAGCGGCGCCGUGUCGGCGGCCAUGGACGAGAUGGAGGGCAUCUUUACCGCUGAGCGACAGCUGCACGGCCCACUCCCUCCACAUGAGCACCCGAUAGAAUUCGAGGGUGAGUGUGGUGGGAGGCUGCGCGUGACGCGACGGUUCUGCAAGAAUACCUCAUCCUUCCGGCUUGAGCAUCUUAGACCAGACCGUUUCUACAGUGUCCAGGUGCUGUGUGAGACUACGGGAGAGCAACUCGGUAUUUGGAGCAGCGAGCAGUACUUCCUCACCAUGUCGAAGAUUAAGCUUGCCACGGAGCAUAUUGAUGAGCAGUAUGUUGACCUCAAGUGGGAGCGACUGCCGCCCCGGCAGCACCCGCGACUCCGUAUGACUCAUGUCUUUACCGGUCACUACAACACCGUUGCCUACGUGCUGGAGGUGAACGGCGGCGGUGAAUUCCACGUGCUGGAGCGUAUGCAUGGUCAAAGCAACACGACGUAUCACCUCAAGGGGCUUUCCCUGGACAGCGUUUAUAGCGCGAGGGUGCAUUCCAUAAACGAUGAGAACGCACAGAGCCUAUGGUCCGAAACGCUGCGCUUCGUAACGCUUAAUCAAGUUACCGUACGCCCGGCCCAAAUCACGGAGCAGUCCAUCAUGCUUGAAUGGGGCCGCGACGAGCAGCAACCGUCGUGUGAAGAAACUGGCGGUGACUAUGACCCGACGAUCUGCGUGGGCAGCCGGCAUUCCGAGAGCUAUGUUGUGCGUAUCGCCCAUGGAGGUGACCCAUCGCGUGCCUUGCUGCUGGAGAAGAGUUUCUCUGGCGAUGUCUGUGCAUUCCACUUGACCACGCUUACGCCGAACACGCCGUAUGUGGUGUGCGUGCGUGCGGCAAACCACCUCAGCGAGUGGGGGCUUUGGUCGGAGGACCGUUGUAUCUACACCAUGAAACUCAUCUGUGCGGAGGUAGCGGCGAUUGGUGAGGACUACAUCCGUCUCCGUUGGACACGUGAGGAGCCGGAUGAGAUGCAGGUGGUGGAGUCGCAGGCUGGCUCUCCAGUUGUUAUCGCCAAGAGUGAUACAGAAGUUGCCGUGGAUGAUGCUGGUGACGUAGUGGAUGGGAUCGCCGAAAACAGCAACAUCAGUAUUGAAGGCGACACACAUGUUUUUGCACCAGCGACUGAGCUAUCCGCACAGCAGCUGCUGCAACCUCAUCGCAAGACACGUGCCACGAACCGCAAAAAGUACCCGCUCCUGGAUCGCCCUGAGACGAGGUCCGCUAUGUAUAAUAGUGCAAGGACACGCAUCUCGAUGUAUGCUGUGAGUGUUGUGUGUGGUGAUGAAGGUGAGGGCUACACCAUUGAGGCCCCUGGCGAUCUCACCACUUUCACCGUACCGUCACUUCGGCCGGACAUGCGAUACACCUUUGCGGUUCGCGCGUGCUACGAAAGCGGCGAGUGGGGCGUUAGCAGCACGCACGUGGCGAGCGGUACCCUUAACACGCUCAUGGUGGAGCUGCACGGUCUCGGCGAGGACUACUUGACUGCCGCGUGGCAGAGGCUGCCGAACACGUACGAUGUGAGUGAGGUGAGCCUUGGUCGUGUAGAGGAGGCUGUCAGCUACGAACUUGCCGUGCAUGACUUCACAGAUGUUUCAUACGGUGAAGAGGGCGCAGAGGAUCUGCCACCGCGGCUGCAGCGCACCAUCUUUGUACCAGCGAAGUUGCGCACAUGCACGGUGAAGGAGCUGCUCUCGCACCACCGCUACCGGGUGAGUGUACGACGUUGGUUCAAGCCGUUGGAGCCCUUCGUCGAAGAUGCCCCAAAAGAGGUGCCGAAUACCGAUGACGAGCAGGUGAUUGAGCUACUUCAGCGCAGUAACGCGGCACCAGGUAUGUGGAGCGACGGUCUGUACGACGUGACGCUGCGCGAUAUGGUGUGCACGAUGGAGGAGGGCGCGGAGGACUUCUUUGUGGUGCACUGGGAACGCGACCCGCACGUGCCACCACUGCCGGUACGCAACGCUAUUGCAGUGAAGCCGGCGGGGGGCUACCACUUGCGCGUGGAUGAGAUGACGCCGGAUGGCACUGCGGUGGAGAUGAGUGCUGCGUCGUUCCACAUUGAUCAGCCGCUCCCCGCCGAUGUGACGACGUACACCGCUCAGGGCAUGCGGCCGGACACGCUCUUCCGCGUCGACGUACGCUGCUGUGUGGACAACGUGUGGGGUCGGUGGAGCCGCACAAUCUACAUAAUGACGCUUCCGAAGUUGGUGAUCGAUAUCAGCAGCAUCGGUGAGGACUACGCGCUCUUCUCGUGGCAGCGGCCGCACCGAAGCCUCGUGCUGCCGGAUGGUACGGAGGCACUCUGUGACAGCGACGACACAAUUGACAAGUUCCACCUCGAGGUAGUGGGCCUCGAGCACAGCUUUAAUGUGAGCAAGAAGUUCAAGGCGGCACGCAACACCUACCGCGUUAAGCAGCUGGAGGUGAACACAGUAUACUCCGUCGCUGUACGAUCAUCCGAUGCACGGCGUGAUACGUGGAGUCUCUGGAGCGAGCGGGUGCUCUUCGUGACGCUGAAGCCGAUGCGCCUCAUUGUUGGCCCCGCGGCGGAGCAGUUCGUCACGGUUGAGUGGCACCGCGACGAGCAGACAGCUGAAGAGUAUGACGAGAUAACAGGCGAAGGCGCCGCAGCCGCGGUACAACUCGGCAACCCUGAAGCGAUUGCCUACCACCUCUGUGUCUUCAGCGGACAACAUACACCGUCGGUUGCGGUGGUUGACAAGCAGUUCCCGAAGGAGGUGAUACGGUACUGUCUCGGAUCCCUCACAGCGGACGCCCCGUACGUUGUGAUUCUGCGCGCGUGUAACACAGAGUCGCGGUGGGGCCUCUGGAGCAAAGAGAGCGCCUUCCGCACACAGCGACUGUUGCAAUUGCGCGUGACAGCAGUUGGUGAAAAUUACGCCCGUGUGCAAUGGGAGCGCGAAGAGGGUGACCGUACAGAUGAUGGCCGUUCUGCCGGCACAAAGGCAGAUCCUGUGGCGUACCAAUUGCUGCUCAAGGCUGGUACGGAAACAAUUGAGCGUGUGAUUCAGCCAGGCGACUGCAGUGUAACAACUGAUGAAUUUAAGCUGCCAAUGUACGUUGUGGAGGGGCUCGCUCCAAAGACAAGUUAUCUGAUGGCAUUGCAGCCGGCCUAUGAGGAUAACCGUUGGGGCCUGUGGACACCUUCUGUUAGCUUCAAGACGCUGCACCCCAUCCUCGUCAAUGCCAGCACCAUCUUCUCUGACCGCGUAGAGCUCUCUUUGAAUCGUACAGUCGAUGUGCCGUCCCUGGAAGCGAGCGUGAUCCUCCCCAGUGCCACCCCCGGCGAGAGUAGCCCCAUUGAACGUGUGGCACCCGUCAAUGACGUGAAGAGCUAUCAGUUAGUUGUUCGAAAAACUGAGGAGGUCCUCGCUGCUCUAGAGAAGGAGCGUGAACAAGACUCGGUUGCUGCCGCUGCCGCUGCUGCUGCUGCUGCGGCUGCGGCUGCAGACGCUGCUCCUACGGAUGCCAUUGCUGAUACUGAUGUGGAUGCCAAUGCUGAAGCCACAGUUCCUGAUGCCGAUGCUGAGACUGCCGUUUGUGAUGCCGAUGCUGAGACUGCAGUUCCAGAAGCCGAUGUUGAGACUACAGUUCCUUGUGCCGAUGCCGUGAUUACGGUUCCUGAUGCUUAUACGGCUGUGGCUCGCGUUGUUGCCGCUUCUUCCCCUGUGGACGCGGCCGUGAGCGCCGAGGAACCCGUCAGCAGCGUGGCACAGAAAGAGGGUUCAGUGCCUGACUGGCGCGAGGGCGGAACCACACAGAGCGCGAUGUCUUUACUUUCAUCUCGACGAGAGCCGUUUUUGAUGGAACGCCAAGUUGAGGUAAAUAAAGAUGAUCCUGUGCCUACUGUUUGCACCCUCGAGGGGCUUGACAGCAACACGUCCUAUACCAUCCAGGUACGGGCGAUGGACGAAAAUGAGCUCUGGGGCGCGUGGACGGAGUUCGCUGUUGAGACAGCACCUGUUCCACCGCGUGCCGUGACGCUGCGCCGACUGAAUGCGCAGUUCUGCUUGUUGCAGUGGGAGGCCCCGGACAACCGCUACCUCUACCGCUAUGUGGUGGAGCAGUCGUUUGUGCCAGCCGAAACGCGUGGCAAGUCAAAAGGUGCUAUUGACUGGCGCGUGGCGGACGUCGUUGAAGAGACAACAUGCCGUGUCCGCUUUACCGCGCCGCCGGGCAAGAUGCGGUGCCGCGUGAAGGGCGCGCGACUGGGCGAAGGCCACACAUACAGCGAGUUCUGUGAGCCUGUCGGUCUCUCGAGCGGCAUGCCACCGGAGCCGGUGGCCAGCAUCCUCGUCACCACCCUCGCGCGCGACAGCGUGACUGUCGAGUGGACCCCGUCGCGCGGCGAGGCGGGCGGCACACUGCGGCAGGCGCGCAACAUGACGUACCGCGUUUACCUGGGCGUCCGCGAUCACGCGCCGAUCCUCGUCACGACGGCGCGCAGCACGACCUACACGCUUUUUGACCUGGAGCCAGCGACGGAGUACACCAUACAGAUCGUCGCGGAGAACCCCGACGGCAUGAGCUACAACAAUCCCAUGAUACGCCUGGUGACAAAGGGCGAGCAGGACAGCAGCGUGUCGCACCACGAGGCGGACCAGCCGCCGCUUGGCGCUAUCGUCGAGCCCAUAGCGCUGUCGAAGCGCAUCACGCUGCCGGAGAUUCCGUCCGCGCGGCAGGCGCUCGUGCCAAUGCCGCCUUCACGCAUGAAACGUGGAAAGAGCCGCACCAGGAGUGGCAUCAUGGCGGCUGAUGGUGCUGCAACAGUGACAACAACGGCGAGCCGCGAGGGAUCUGCAUCGAUUCUUCGUGCGGGCUCCAGUCCCCAAAUGAGGAGCAGCAGCGCAAGGCGAACGAAGGGGGACAGGCUGCCGUCGCUGAAGAAGAAGCGUUGA